CAAGAUGGGCAAGUCUCGGGGAGCGGGUGCAGGUAGCGUGGCACGAGCCAGAAGAAGAAGACCUUUGCCUACCCGACCGUCGCUUUUAAGGCUUUAAUCGCAGCGCGUAGUCCGGAAGACGUCACCAUUUCUUUCAUCCCCAGGUCCCCUCGCUACUGUGGCCGUGAGGAGCUGCUGCGACAGCGGUCCCAAGAGUUGCGAGCAGCACACUUGCACAUUGGACUUCUCCUGGCAAGCAAGGAGCUCCUGGAAAACCCAGUGAGCAAGGCGCACUGCGAUCUUUUCCGAAGCUCUGCUUGUGAUCUUUCAGGACCCCUCCACGGCUACGCGCCACUGACACAGCAAGACCAUGAGUGAAUAUCCAUUGCGAAUCGCUCCAGAUGAACCCGAGAUACCGGAGCCACUUGAUGAACCCGAAAUACCGGAGCCAAUUGAUGAACCCGAGAUACCGGAGCCACUUGUCGACGAGGACCCGGACGACCUCGACGCCCUUGGCGGUGGUGGCGGCGGCAGUGAAAGUCGAGCUGCGGGUGGCAAUGCUUCCUCUCCAGCAUCGCCUCCAGCAGGAACACCGCCAGAGACAAGCGGUAGCUUGCCUGUAUUACGAGUUCCAACGCCACAAGGUCCUGUUACGCCGAAACCGGCAACGACCCCCACCACGACCCCGAGGAUGACGACGACGACUACAUUGACACCAUUCACAGAACUUGUCUGCACGGUUUCCGGCUACUGGUUAUUCAUGUUCCCACCAGAUGGUUUGUGUCAUUACCUGUUCUACUGGGACGUGGUCGUAUUUCGCAAAACCAUACAGGACGUAGACGGCUCACAUUAUUGGGAAAAAUUUAAGGACAAAACGGCACGGCUGAAAAAAACGUCCGGAGGCAUCAGCUUCGACUCCCGGGUAGUGGCUGCGUCUAUUAUCCGCUCAGUAGAGAAGGAGCUCGAAUAUCUGGCCACGAUAAACAUCAAGCACUACGGUGUUUUGAGCAUGUUGGCCACCCGAGAGGAAGCGCACGACUUGUUGCAGCACACGAAAGCGCUUCUUCAAAAACUCAAGACUAUACAAGGUAACGACAUCACCAAAAGGAUGAUACUGGCGAUGGGCCUGUACGAUUAUGGUUCGCAAGGCGAAUACUAUAGCUUUUUCACGAAUCUGUUGAAAGAAGCAGUCGACACGUCGAAGGCGGACACUGUCAUCGCGAUUAGCUCUGUCGGGUGGCUGUACAAUAGCAGCCGAUGUGAACUUACGCCACCCUCUGUCUGGGACACGUCGGCACUGCCAGGCUUGGCCAGCACCUUGGGAAGAAGGUAUCCUGACCUGCGCAGGCAUGCGGCACUGAUGUCGAAACACCAAAGCAACUUCGACUUGAAGGUUAAGAUGGGCCUCUCUUUCGAGUUGUCAACGCUGGCGUACACUGUCUUUCAGCACUGGCAGGCUCUCAAUGUUGCAAUGAUUCACAGCGAGUGCUACUCGCUCUCAACGGCGAGCUUUGCUUUCGUGCCAUGUAAAAACACUUUACGCUCAACUCGCGGCCUUGUGCACCCAGACGUCAGUAUCGCAAUUUUGGACGAUGCCCCUCGAAUAUUACUCUUCGAGGACGAGGAUACCUUGCAGAAAAAGUGCAGGGACCUGCUAAAACCAUCUACCGACCUGCGGCCAAACAUGGUGAUGCUCCUAUUCAACGUUCACCUUGGCGGCAUCUCCGACCUGAACCAUUGCGGUAGUUCCGAUCCACUGAGGGCCGACCCAUUUUGGCGCGUUCGCGUGGUGAAGAAGACACUGAAUAUCACGUGACGCCGAGUCGAGGUGGCUACAGUUGAACUGAGAAAUAAAAGCUUUCAGUGCUUGCCAGCGAUGGCGAUCCGCUGGAGAGGUUUGC